CUCGGCUGAGGACCUGAAUUCAGUCAUUGAGAACUGGGUCAAAAUGCGCAGAGAGCAUGGAGGGCUCAGAAAGAUUCUCCUUGGCCACUCUAAUGCCAUCCCCAAAACAGAGUUGGUUAAUUGUUUGAAGGAUCCGGACUAUGAUAACUUGCUUGAGACCAUGAAGAACGGCCUUCGCCCCAUACCCAUACACAGACACACUCCUCGCCAUGUUGCCAUAGUUGGAGCCGGCAUGGCUGGCCUGACGGCCGCCAAGUUACUGAAAGAUGCAGGACAUCAGGUGACCAUAUUAGAGGCCAGUGGGAGAGUUGGAGGACGGGUGGAGACCUACAGGAAUGAGGAAGAGGGCUGGUAUGCUGAACUGGGAGCCAUGAGGAUUCCAGAAUUUCACAAUAUCGUCCUUUGGCUUGCUCGUGACCUGAACCUGACGCUGGAUAAUUUUGCCAUGAAUGAUAAGCAAACCUAUUACCUGGUGAAUGGAGGACCACCACAGAAGACAUCUGCCGUAAAAGACGACCCCAAAAUUCUGAAUUACAACCUGCCACCAGAAGAGAGGAAUAAAACUGCUGAGAGGCUGCUAGAGCAGGCAUUACAGAAGGUGGAAAAUGAGGUGGUGGAAAAUGGCUGCAAAGCUUUUCUGGAAAAAGUUGACCGCUAUUCUGUAAAGGAGUAUCUGAAAGAGGAAGUGGGACUGAGUCCUGAGGCCAUUUGGAUGAUUGGAGACCUGCUCAACGAGCAGAGCCUGAUGUACACGGCGCUAACUGAGAUGCUGUAUCUCCAGUUACAGAUCAGAGACGAUGUCAAAUACUAUGAAGUGAGAGGUGGGUUGGACCUUCUUCCCAAAGCUUUGGCAGAAGAUAUCCGUGUUCCCAUUUGCCUAUAUGCCAAGGUCAAACGUAUCAGCCAGUCAAAAGAUGGGGUCGUUGUCUCAUUUCAGAAUGAUCAGCAGCCUGACCUUCAUGCCGACUUUGUCCUUGUCACAGCCACAACCAAAGCAGCUCUUUCCAUGGACUUCAGUCCACCUCUGUCCAUCAAAAAGAUGAGGGCCCUGAGGACAGUCCACUAUGACAGUGCGACUAAAAUCUUCCUCACCUUCAGCAAGAAGUUCUGGGUGAAGGACGGCAUAUGUGGAGGAAAGAGCAUCACAGACCGACCCUCUCGUUACAUCUAUUACCCUAGCCACAGUUUCCCUGGAAACGACAAGAUUGGCGUCCUGCUGGCUUCCUACACCUUGUCGGACGAGUCCCUCCUCUUCCUGGGCAUGAGUGACGACGACCUCAAAGAGCUGGUCCUCACAGAUUUGGCGCAGAUCCACGGUGACUAUGUCAGGCCUCUCUGCACGGGUGUGGUGGUGAAGCGCUGGAGUGCGGAUCCUUACAGCAGGGGCGCUUUUGCGCUGUUCACGCCGUACCAACACUUGGAGUACGCCGAGGAGCUCUUCCGGAGAGAAGGCAGGGUGCACUUUGCCGGGGAGCACACGGCUUUCCCACACGGCUGGAUCGAGUCGGCGAUGAAAUCGGCAAUCAGGGCAGCAAAGAACAUCAACCUAGCGGUGAGAUUAUGUCCACCAUUUCCGUGUGACCUGUUUUAA